UUUUUUUUAAUCAGUUGGAACAAAUGCCUCAACCAACAUGGUAGUGUUAUCACUUAUUCUUACACAUUGAGUCAUUCACAGUAGCCAAUGGAUCUCAAAUAAAAUGCAUUUCCCUUUUUAAAGAAAUCGGUUUGUUCAAUUUUGUGCAGACUGAAUAUUUUACAUUUGACACUGAAGCAAACUCAAGAGGAGGCUACAGAAAAAAAUGAAAGACCUGCCUAAAAUGUAAAUGUGCUAAUCAUUAAAACAAAUAGACUAAAUUAAACUAGAAAUAUUUGUUAACAUAACAAGAAUUUAGAGUAAACCUCCCUUUCUCUCCUGAAACUUCACCCGGCCUUCAAUAUCAGGAUUCAAAUCCUUUUUAGGUCGUUUGAUUGUGAGUGAUUUGCAAAGGUGCGUUUUUGUGUGUGUCAGUGUGUGCUUCUUUACCCUAAAAAUAGAUUUUAGGUAAAAACAGUCAAUAUUGCCCACCCCCCCCCAGAAAAAAUACCCCUCCCCCAUACCAAAGCUGAUUGCAUCACUACGCAUCACACCACCAACGACGUAACUGAUACAUCAAAUCAGAACAUAUGAUGUCAUAUGACUUCAAAUGAAAACAUUUGAUGUCAAAUGAUGUCAUAUGAUGUAACAUCAUCUGUCAUGAUGUAUUGUUAAAAGCUUGUUUAUAGGACCAAAAACUGCACAUUCUCAUCCACAUUCACACAAGGUUCGUCUAUUGCGAAGAGCCAAGUACCAAGUUUAAAAACUUCCUUCAGUUACAAAGAAUUUUUGCUGUCAAACUGUCAUUAGAAAUUUCAAUAAAUCGUACCAUGGAACCAUCAAGACGCCGUCCUGUCCGAAAAAACCAAAAGAAUUUACAACUCAGCUAUUUGGAUUCUGUUGUGGAGAACGAGUCCACUUUUCAUUUUGCGUUUCAUUCUACCCAUCCUAAAGAACGAGACACUUUCAUGGACUGGGAUGACAUUGAGGAAGACUAUGAUUACCCUCUCCCCUCUGAUGAUGAUGAGGAAUUUCCUGAGACUCCAGAAACUCCUCACUAUGAUUAUUCUCUCCUUUCUAAAAAUGAGGAUGAAGAAUUUCCUGAGAUGCCAGAAACUCCUGAACCAAAAAGACGGCAGGAUUGGGAAAACCCCAAGCCUAAAACCUGCCCGCAAAACCAAACCUUAGGGCUAAAACCCUUAAGUUUUGCUCCAAUCGUCUCCUUUCGCCCAGCUGCAUUCUUUCCUGUGAAGCCGGUGUCUGUCCUUAAAUCCACUCAGCCUGAGGAAAUCAAACCUUUGGGAAAGAGAAAACAAAGUGCAACUGCUUUGGAUGUGUCAACUUCAACCUCUGAGUCGACCUCAGUGGAGAAAGCAGAAGCACUUCAAGUAGAGAACACUGCUCUAAAAAGUGAAGGAGAGCGUCUGAAGGAGCUUCUCCAGCAGAAAGACCAGAAGCUGGCUGAUGCUGCUCUCAAAGCUGAUCACUUUGAAGAACAGAUGAGCCACAAGACAGAACUUUUAGCAAAAGCUGAAACCUCUUUGAGCCACCUGACAGAAGAAAGGAAACAAUUGGAGGAAGAAAAGUCCUCUGUCUUACAAGAAAUCACUCAGCCAAUGAUAGCGCCGAAGGACGAGGUGACGGAGUCUAAAAGAGUCUCCAAGAAAAAGUAUGUCCAAGUACUCCGUCAGAUGCACGACCAAAAAAUGCAGCAUGAGCAGGAACAUUUGGACCUCACCAGCAAAUUUGAAAUGGAGAAAGAGCGUCUUCUAAAUGACCAUCAGCUGGCAUUAUCAGAGGGACAAAAUCAGCUGGCUAAAGAAAGAGAAGAAAACACCUCCCUCAAGCAAGAAAUGGCUGAAUUAAGAAAAGCUCAUGAGGAGGAUAAGGCUGCAACUGAAAAGAACUUUUUGGAAUUGCUCUCCAAUAAUGAGAAGGGCAUGGAACAGUUAAAAGAAACCAUCACAGAAAAAGAGACCAUCAUGAGCAAAUUUGAAAAGGUCUCCAGGACAAGGAUCGUAAAACUCCUAGGUCAGAUUGACGACCUGAAAAUGGAGCAACGGAAGAAAGAUUAUUUGCUGCGGGAAGCUGCUCGGAAAGCUGAUCACCUUGAAGAACAGAUGAGCCGAGAAAGACAGCAAUGGCAGGAAGAAAAGUCCUCUGUCUUACAAGAAAUCGCUCAGCUAAAGAAAGCUCAGGAGGACAAGGACACCAAGGUGACUGAGUCUAAAAGAGUCUCCAAGAAAAAGAUCGUCAAACUACUCCGUCAGAUGGACGACCUAAAAGUGCAGCAUGAGCAGGAACAUUUGGACCUCACCAGCACAUUGGAAAUGGAGAAAGAGUGUAUUCUAAAUUACCAUCAGCUGACAUUAACAGAAGCACAAAAUGAGCUGGCUAAAGAAAUUGAAGAAAACAACUCCCUCAAGCAAAAAAUGGCUGAAUUAAGAAAAGUUCAUGAGGAGAAUAAGGCUGCAACCAAAAAGAACUUUUUGCUACAAAAUCAGAUUGAGGGCCUAAAAAGGAAGCAACAGCAGGAAUAUUUGGAGCUUACCACAAAUUUUGAAAAGGAGAAAGGGGAUCUUCAGUAUCACUAUGCUAUGAUGUUAGAGACAGAACAAGAUCAGAUGGAUGAAGAAAGAGAAGCAUGGAACAGGGAAAAAGACUCCAUGCUGGAAAAAAUAGCUGAAUUAGAAGGAAAUUGUGAGAAGCAUAAGGCAGCAUGUUACCAAACUGAAACGAAAAUUUCGGAAUUGCUCUCCAAUAACAAGAAGGCCAUAGGAAAAUUAAAAGAAACCAUCAAAGAGAAAGAUGUGGUCAUAAGCAAUUCUAAGGUCAUCUUGAAGGAAAAGCUGGAGCAAAAACACCAACAGCUUGAGAUGGUAAAAAAGGCCCAUCACAAGAAGAAUUUGGACCUCGGCUUGAAAUUACACCAGAUGGAAGAAGAGCUUAAACAAGAGAGGGUCAAAACAAAUCAAGCCAAACUCAGCUUUGACCUGGAGGUAGAGGAGUCCACCAAAUUAAGAGCUGCUUUGGUCCAGAAAGAACAGCAAGGCCAGCAGCAGCUGGAACAAGAAAGACAACAGCUGGAAGAAGAAAAGUCCACCCUUUCACAACAAAUCGCUCACCUAAAGAAAGUAGUCAAGAAGAAAAAGACCAUCAUCAGAAAAACUCAAGAGGAUUUCCAGGUCCAAAUUCAUCAACUACAGCAGCAGGUGGAUGAGCUGACAGAGAAGACCACAAAGAAAAGUGUUGGUCGGAGGUUCCUGAACCUGUUUAGAAGGUCUAGAAAGAAAGACUAAGUGGACCCCCGACCACAGGUCUGGAGAGAGAGCCUUCUACCU